AUGACGCACACCCUGAGCCCAUAUAGCCUCUUCUUCAACUCUGGGCUGCAUUAUCAUCCGAUUGAAGACGAGACCGACGAUGAAAACCAUCCACACUCGCCUAUUCUGGAGUCCCCGAUGCCGUACACAAAGACCGGCCUCCGCUCGCCAAUUCCACGAAAACGACGUUCAAGCAUCACGAACGCUGUGUCUCCAGUCAGUGCGAUCAAGCUCAAAUCUCCUACACGGGCUGCUGGCAAUGCGUGGCACGUGGCCCACAACGCUGCAGUCAACUCCCCCCGCUCGCGAAGUGGCAGCUUGAAUGUGGCAUCGGAGGAGAGUAGCAUGGUGGGUCGAAUCCGCAGUGGCAGUCUGAGUAAUCGACUUCGCACUCGCAAACCCUUGACCAGCAAACGUCCCAUUGCUUUACUGUUUGCCCCCACACAACCCCCACCGAAUGCCCCAUUACCACAAGUUCCAUUGAGCGCCCCAGCUCGUCCGCCCCUCACACGCUUGACGAUCCAACCACAACCAAUACUGCCUGACGCAGAUGUAUUCUAUUCAGCUCCUGCCGGUCCAGUUUCGCCAACUCCCUCGUCCCCUAGUGCCGAGUUUUACCACGGCCCAGGGAUGUGGAGAGGUUUCGGCGCUAUCGAGGAGGAAAUGCGAGACGAUUAA